AUGGAUUGGGUCCGUAUCAAGCACAAAGGUACCCAGACCUUUUCUUCACCCGGUGCUAUGCUCGGUACAACAGCCAAGAUGCGCACCACUUGGCCGAAUGGCCCCGAGCUGCCUCAUCGCGGGCAGCAAACAAUGCCGCAAGGUUCAGGCCCAGAUCUGGCAGCCAUCCAUCCCUACGGUCCAUCCCGGCUGACCUGGUGGUGGCGUCCAGCCAAGAGCGCUAGCGACAGCGCUCCGAAGAUGGCGCGCGGUCCCCGCGAUAUUGAAUCCAUCCAGAGGCCAUUCUUCGUUGUGCUCUAUCCUCAUCCGCUCUCGCUGCAUCGGGCCAUUGCCGCACAGCAGAGUACGCAGAUAGAUGCCCGACAGCUGGCCGGUGAAAGUGCGAGUCACGAAAAACAUGUGCUGAGGCAUUUGGAACGAGGCGAGGCGAGACGAGACGCCGUCAUCAAUGGGUGCAUGCUAUCCUGA